GCCGGCUCUGUGGUUGCCAUGGCAACGGAGACCGCGCUACGGAAGCCGAGAAGGCGGGGGGCCGCAGCCUCAGCCAGCAGGAGGAUGCUGAGCCCGGAUCGCUUAGCGCUGCCCGACUACGAGUAUCUGGCUCAGCGACAUGUCCUCACGUACAUGGAGGACGCAGUGAGCCAGCUACUGGAGAACAGAGAGGACAUUAGUCAAUACGGCAUCGCCAGGUUCUUCACUGAAUACUUUAACAGCGUGUGUCAGGGGACGCAUAUUCUCUUCCGAGAGUUUAGCUUCAUCCAGGCCACCCCCCACAACAGGGCAUCCUUCUUACGGGCUUUCUGGAGAUGCUUCCGAACUGUGGGCAAGAAUGGAGAUUUGCUGACCAUGAAGGAAUACCACUGUUUGCUGCAGUUACUCUGCCCACUUCCCACUGAGCUCACUCAGAAGGCAGCCAGGAUUGUGCUCAUGGAUGACGCCAUGGACUGCCUCAUGUCUUUUUCAGAUUUCCUCUUUGCCUUCCAGAUUCAGUUCUACUACUCUGAAUUCUUGGAGAGCGUGGCUGCCAUUUAUCAGGAUCUGCUGACAGGCAAAAACCCCAACACCGUAAUUGUGCCAACAUCAUCAAGCGGGCAGCAUCGUCAGCGGCCGGCCCUGAAUGAGACCAGCACUCUGGAGGGGGUGGAAGCCUCUCUCUUCUAUCAGUACCUGGAGAACCUGUGUGAUCGUCACAAGUACAGCUGCCCGCCUCCGGCUCUGGUCAAAGAAGUCCUGAGCAAUGCUCAGAGACUGACCUUCUAUGGAUUCCUCGUGGCUCUCUCCAAGCAUCAUGGCAUCAACCAAGCCCUGGGGGCUCUACCCGACAAAGGGGACCUGAUGCAUGACCCGACCAUGGAUGAGGAGCUGGAGAGAUUGAUGGCCCAGGUACCAGGCCUCCUCACCACUGCCACCUCUGGCACAGAGAGUGGCGGUCCACGGACCUCUCCCCGACUGGGGUCCCCCUGGAGACCCCUCCACCAUCCCCGAAAAGUGGAUGCAGAGAGUGACGGCUCCACUGAAGAGACGGAGGAGUCUGAGACCUGAGAGGCCCCGGAGGGCCCGGCACCCCCCAUCCUGACACUGCUAGAGCUCCCCACUCCCUCCCUCCUUCCCUCCCUCCCGACUCAGCAGCUGGGCACUUAGGGCCAGCCCUUCCCCCGCCUACCUCCUCUCAACACCUGUCAUAUACUGCCCUCUGCUGAAUGCACGGUGAAUGACAGCAGCGCAUACACCCAAGCCACCUCCCUCAGCCCCAUGCUGACCACCUCCAGGCCCAGGCUUGGCGGCAGAUUGACCUGACCGUACGGUCUGCUGAUGGGGAGCAGCGUCCUGGGCCCCCCGCUGAGCUCACCACCCCCCCUUUGGGGACAAUAGCGCCGUCCCCUCCCUAUUGCCCGAGUCACCCGAUGAGGCCCCUCCCCCAGGCCAGGCGAGCAGCCCCACCACCCUGGGGGCCUUGAGGGGCCCGGCCAGAGGAGAGAAUGAACAUGAGCAAUGCUGGGGUGACACUUUCCAGAAUCAGAAGGGGCGGGAAGAUGACUUCCUUCCUUCCUUAAAAAACUGUCUCAGCUCUUGUUAUGUCUGAAUACAUGUCGUCAACGAUGUGAAACUAUAAUAAAGUCCCUUGU